UUGCGUGUUAUCAGUAGUGGCUUUUAGUUCUUAUUUGGCAACAUUUAGAAAUUCUUCGGUGGUGUCAAGUGUGUUUUUUUAUUAAAAUCGAAUAUUUAAAUCAGAAGAAAUGUCGGCUUUUUAUUUAUUAUCAAAAAAUUUUCAACACUUCUCUAAGAGACUAUAUUCAUCUGGACCUUCGACAACAAAAUUGUUCAUUGAUGGAAAAUUUAUAGAAUCUAAGACAUCAGAUUGGAUUGACUUACAUAAUCCAGCAACAAAUGAAGUAAUUUCUCGUGUGCCAAAAUGCUCCCAUGAUGAAAUGCAAGCUGCUGUUGAUUCAUCUAAAAGGGCUUUUAAAUCUUGGAAUAAAACAUCUAUAAUAACUAGACAACAGAUUAUGUUUAAAUUGCAAUCUCUUAUUAAAGAUAAUAUGGAAAGGCUAGCAAGCAAUAUUACAUUAGAGCAAGGAAAAACUUUAGUCGACGCUAGGGGGGACGUACAAAGAGGAUUACAGGUAGUAGAGCAUUGUUGCAGUAUACCCUCGUUGCAAAUGGGAGAAACUGUUCACAACGUAGCAAAGGAUAUGGAUACUUAUUCGUUAAUUUUACCACUUGGAGUAACUGCCGGAAUAGCUCCUUUUAAUUUUCCUGCAAUGAUUCCUUUAUGGAUGUUUCCUGUUGCAAUUACAUGUGGAAAUACAAGUAUAAUAAAACCAUCUGAAAGAGUACCAGGGGCUACCAUGUUACUGAUGGAACUGUUGAACGAAGCAGGCUGUCCUCCAGGUGUAGUUAAUGUUAUUCAUGGAUCACAAGAUGCUGUAAAUUUUAUUUGUGAUAAUCCAGAUAUAAAAGCAGUAUCCUUUGUUGGGUCGGAUAAAGCAGGAAAACAUAUUUAUGAAAGAGCUGGACGUAAUGGUAAACGUGUUCAAAGUAAUAUGGGUGCGAAAAAUCAUGGCGUUGUAAUGGCUGACGCUAAUAAAGAAAAUACUUUAAAUCAAUUAGCAGGCGCAGCGUUUGGAGCUGCUGGACAACGUUGUAUGGCACUUUCGACAGCUGUAUUCGUUGGGGAGGCAAAAAAUUGGAUACCUGAUUUAGUUGAGCGCGCAAAAAAACUAAAAGUUAACGCCGGUCAUCUCCCCGACACUGAUGUAGGGCCUGUUAUAAGUCCAGAUUCUAAAGAAAGAAUACAUAAUCUGAUUGAAUCAAGCACAAAAGAAGGUGCAAAAGUUAUCCUAGAUGGUCGUAAUAUAAAAGUUCCAGGAUUCGAAAAAGGAAAUUUCGUUGGUCCUACUAUUAUUACAGAUGUCAAACCUAACAUGCAAUGCUAUAAACAGGAGAUUUUCGGCCCAGUUCUUGUUUGUCUUUCUGUAGACACAAUCGAAGAAGCAAUUGAUUUGAUAAAUAAAAAUCCCUAUGGAAAUGGGACUGCUGUUUUCACAACAAAUGGUGCUACAGCUAGAAAAUAUAUUAACGAAAUCGAUGUUGGUCAAGUGGGUGUUAACGUCCCCAUUCCUGUGCCUCUUCCAAUGUUUUCCUUCACAGGCACGCGUGGAAGUUUUUUGGGAGAUCAUCAUUUUUAUGGAAAACAAGGAAUCAAGUUCUAUACACAAACAAAAACUGUUACACAAUUAUGGCGUGAAUCUGAUGUAACGCACUCAAAACCAGCUGUUGCAAUGCCUACAAUAAAUUAACCGUUACUGUCGUUUGUGCCUCAAAUAAUUAGUGUCUUCCAAUACUUUGGAUAUAACGUGAUUUUGAUAUGAAUACCUGUUUGCAUUUAUUUUUACAAAAACAUUAAGUUUGUAAAUUUAUUUAAUAAAUUUAAAUACUAAAUUUAUAA